UUCGCAGUCGCUUUUACAGUGCUGCGCUAUAAUGCGCAGCGCGGCCGCGUAAUGAAUGCGCGCGCGGCUGUGGUGCAGCGAACUGGGCCGUAGUAGGCUAGGUUUUUGGGAAUUUGCGCGGCGUCCGCCGGCUUCGUUGCCGAAGUCCUGGUCGCAGCGAUCCCUGGCCGACGUAUGCAACGCGUUGCGCGUCGCUUGAACCGGGGACAAGCGAGUCUGCAGUCGUUCACAGGGGCAGAGCUGCAGGACCUGGGCGAUGCAGCCAGCGUUCAGCAGCGGUAAUUGCUCACACCGCGUGCCUAUCGGUGCGACACGGGGGCGAUUGAGCAUUGCACUCUGACCCAGAACUGACUGCGCGCGCAACCUCGCUGCAACGCGCUGCGCAGGAAGCAAAACAGCUCUCCCUGAACAGAGAGCAAGCAGCGGACGCCAUCGACGCACAAAGCCAUGGCCAAGAAGCGCCCCCAGUCCAAGGGCGGCAACACGCAGCAAAAGAAACAAAAAAAGGCCCCGACCGGCCAGCGCCCUAGUCUGGCGCCGCGCGCGACCGGCGUCGUCACCACCGGCAAGGCCAAGCGUAAAAAGAAGGACGACAAGCCCCCGCCGGCGCAAGGUAGGAAAGCGCUCGUCGUGAAGCCCGCGCGCGGCGUCGCCGUCGCCGAGACCGUGCAAUUGUGGAACGUCUUUCGCAAGAAGGCUAUAGACGAAGCCACGCGGAAGAAGACCGUCGACGCGGCUCUGUCGGCGCUGACGGGCAAGCUCUACGAGGCUUCUCUCAAACACGACUCGGCUCGAGUUGUCCAGGCGCUGCACAAGUUCGGCGAUAGUAAUCAAAGAGCGAAGAUCGAGGCCGAGCUCGUCCCACGCUUGGGGGAACUGGCCAUCCGCCCCUACGCUAGACAUGUGGCUUUGGCAUUAGUGAAAAGGGCGGCUGAUUCAUCUCAGAGAUCUGCAAGGUGCCGCGCCGUGCGGGGCAAGUUCCGGCAGAUCGCGGUCCACGCCGUGGGCGCCAAGGUCGCCGACGCGCUGCUGCAGACGGCGCCGAAGCGGGACGCUAUUUCAUUGAGACGCGAGCUCUACGCCGUGCCCGACGCCGAUCUCCUGAAGGCCGAGACGUUAUCAGGCAUAUUGAACGAGGUCGAGGAGCGGCGGCGCGCGCCUAUUUUGUUGGGUGUCGACGCCACGCUCUCAAAGCUCUGCGACAAGGGCCUCGCGCAUUAUGCUUUUGCCCACGAUCUACUAUUUGAGAGGUGCUCGUCUCUACAUAAUCUAAGGGAACUCGCGUCGAGGACGGCCGAAGCGCACCCCCACUUCGUGUCCACGCGCAGCGGCGCGCGCGCGUCCUCCAUACUAGCCACGGCGGCCGACGCCAAGACGCGCAAGGGAUUACUCAAAAAGUGCUGGCGGAGCCGCGCGGCACAAGCAUCACUACAUGCAAGGGCCCACGUCGCGCUCAUUCGCUUUUUAGAUGUCGUCGACGACACGAAGCAGACCGGCUCCCUAAUUAGUGGAGAGCUCGGGCCCGCGUGCGCGGAACUGGCUCUGGAUGUGUGCGGCGCCCAAGUUUUAUUAUCGCUGCUCGUGGACGCUUCGUCCAAGUACUUGUCGGCGGACGUCAAGGAUGUAUUAAGGGAGGAUCCGUCCUCUGUCACGAUAGAGGGCGCGCCGGCGUCGCGGAAACCUAGGGCUCAAAGAAGAGGCGAGCUCGCCGCGCACGUCGCGCCGGGCCUCAAAAAAGCGUUAGAGACGCGCGCGCCGGUGUUACUCGCGUCGCGCAGCGCGGCGCCCGUCGUCAUUGCGGCUCUCUCCGUGAAGCCUUUGAUUGGUGACGCGGAGCUGGUCGAGCGCGUCGCGCGAGCGUGCCUCGCGCCGGCCGCCGCUUUCAGCGUUCCGGAUGAUGAUGUGGAGGCGAAGAACCCGCACUUCGGCGGCGGUCGCGGCGCCGCGUCGACUUUGCCUUCGCCUAUCGUUCUCCGUCCGAAACCCGCCUCGCUCACCGGUCGACGUCCGCAGGCGACGAGGACGACGACGAGGACGACGAGGACGCCUCGGCGGGCUCCGGCGGCGGCGACGAGGACGGCUCCGGCAGCGACGACGAGGAAGAGGACUCCGACUCGGACGACUCCUCCGAGGACGCGCGCGGCGCCUUCUUCGAGAAGAGCGACGACGACGACAGCUCCGCCGGUGAUGUUGCGGCGGCGGCCGACGCCACCGGGGACUGGGGCGUCGCAGACUCAUCAAUACCGCCGCCGGUCCUCGACGACGACGUCGCGCAUCGCACGCUGCUUUCAUUAUUGCAGGCCGGGACCGAGGGGUUUGCGGAGGCCUUUUCAAGCGCUGCGAAGGAGGCGGGCGGUUUUGAGAGAUGGGCCGGGUCGAAUCGGGGCGCUUUAGUAUUAGCGGCGCUCGUGCGCGCGCGGCCGGCGACGCGGAAGGAGCUCGCAAAGGUGCGGAAGGGGCUGGCCAAGGCGAAGACGAAGGGUGCUCAGGCGCUCCUUGAAGCUUUGGAUGAGUAAGACUAA